UCGUGCUUCAUUCCCAUCUAUAACGAACCACAAAGUGUUCUUUGAUCACCUAUCUCGCUUGGCGUUGCGGGAUCCGUCCGCAUUCGCACCAUCCGAGACCGUAAGCCAAGUUAUGGUGAGGCAACCGUGGUAGGCUCGGCUGUCGUUGAACAGUGAUACCACGGCCCUACGAGAGCCAGCCCCCCCUACCAGGCGACACCGAGGAAACAAGAAGGCUGAUUUCGUUUCGCCCCAACGUGAUUGAUUGCACGUUCCCUGCUCAAUCUUCUGCUGCCUGAACUCACGGCACCAACGUUAAGACGAACUUAGUCCUGAGUGGCUUCUCACAUUUCACCCCCUGAAAACUACCAUCGAAGAUCUGGGUGCUGCCGUUCUCCUCGCUGGUGUUGUGUUGUGUGCCUCCUUUGGUUUUUUUUCUUUUUCCCCUUUUUCUUUUCUUCAAAACCGUCGGAAAGCUGGAUUAUUCAAUAGUCUUCGAAGCGAUGGCUGACCGACUAACUCAGCUACAGGACACGGUGAACCAACAAGCGGAACACUUUUGUAACAGCAUCGGUAUCCUACAGCAGUGCUCGGUUCCGAGCAAGUUUGCCGGUUUUGAGCGUACCGGAUCCCAAACGCCUCAACAGCAGGUGCAGCAACAGCAGCAGGAGGACUACCCACAGCUAUUCUCAACCCUGAUCUCUCGAUGUGCCAAAGACAUCGAUACCCUUAUCGAAUCUCUACCCAGCGAGGAAAGCUCCAUCGAGCUGCAAGUGCAGUCGCUGCAACGGCUCGAAACCGAAAACAAAGAGUCAGCCGAAAAGCUGGAAGAAAUCGUCCGCAAGGGCGAACUGUUGCUGGAGAAAAUUCAAGCAGCCCUCAGUGAUAUAGCGCAGUCCCAGCUGGACAUGCAGUAUUCGUCGUAAAUACACCGUCGUGCCAGUUACCAUCUCUCUCACUCGGUUUUGCGAGUGGACUGCGGCAGAAUGAUCAGAAAGGGUGCCAAAAUACAGUGCACCCCACAGGGCGUUGUGGGGGGGAAAAAGCCGUUUAGGCCCGUCGUCGUUUCUGUGUUGAAAAUAGAACCACCUGCCCCUUUCGACGGCGAACCUCAGUGAAAAGCAACACGCUCAAGCUAAGUGCAGCCACCAAAAGUUUCGUAAAACACGGCAGGUUUUACAACCUUGUUUCUGUCUGUUUUUUUAUCAUAUAAAUAAAAUAAGCAAACCCAUUAUAUUUAUAAUCGUUAUCAUCGUUUUUCGCUUGGGAAUUAUAUCCAAUCACCGUUAUCAUGUUUAUUGGAGGAUAAUUGGAACCCCUACUUUGUAAAUGGUUGGACAAUA